UAACUGUCAACGUCAUUUACGAAAUGUCACUGUCUUCGCAAAAGUUUACCAAAUAAAUACUCGUUGGUUUAUUUAGUUACGAUAAAAUGUUGGAAAACGCGGUGGAAGAAUUUAUAAAUCAUUUAUUUAUCUUCAUAACUGGAGAAAACAAAAACGCCAGAACUUUACUUGUAAAAAAACAUUCGGAUAAUUUGCAGACACAUGGCGAUUUCAGCUUUCCAAACACGGCAAAAUCCUGGCAUGGGUUACUCGGUUCAAGAAUCGACGUAGAGCCAGAAAGUUCAUUAAUAAAUUGUAUUGGAAAGAACUCUAGUGACUUCAUUCACGAAUCAAAAAAUUGGAACUUACCAAUAAACGAUGUCAAGGAAGUGAAAGAUCGUGUUUACAUAUAUUUAGAGCGGCCCAGAGCUAUUCACGUUGGUCUAUCACAAGCUCUGCGUAACAAUUCAGUUAUCUCUCAGAGAUUACUUGAAGGAGGCUCGAAUUUCGAAGUGAAAGCGGACUGCGAAGAAUCAGGAACUCUAACCUAUUUGCGUGUUAAAUAUCUUAGUGAAGCUAUAAAGAACUUGUGUAAACUACAUCCAGAUCAUAAUGAAAAGAAUGUUAUAACGGUUAGUUCGAAAUCUUCAGCUAAAAGUAAUGAAAGUAGGAUUCUGUGUGGAGCUGUGCUCAAUGCAAAGUCAGGAGUCAAAGAAACAACUAUAAGUGCUGAGGACUUUAUAAGAAUGCGACAAAAUGACAUGACAUUAAUAGCCCAACACAAGUAUGGUGUGAGGGUGUCAACAGAUUCCAAAUGGAAGGAGUUUAUUGCUGACCUUGGAGAGUCAGCUGUUGUGUUUGACCUAUUGCAAGCGAAGCCUAGUGGGGCGGUGAAGAUUAACUUUGAAUGUUCCUCAGCUGGAUCUAGUAAAGGUGCAGCAUUCAUUUUAUACAACUGUGCGAGGUUGGAGACAAUCAUAAGGACAUACAAUGAAAGGGUUGAUGAGGGUGUAUACCCACCACUGCCAGACUUGGAGGGUUGUGAUCUGACAUUACUUACACAAGAGGAUGAAUGGAAUUUAAUAUUCAACUACAUCUUAGGCACACCAUCACUAUUGGCAAGUUGUUUGGAUAUUAAAGAGAAUGAUUGUGAAUUUAGACCUCAUCAGAUUUGUGGCUACCUGUGUGCGAUGGUCAGGGUAUUCAGUCAAUAUUAUAGGAGAAUCAGAAUAUUAACGGAACCAAGAAAACAUCUUUUACCAGUCAUUUUUGCAAGAAUGCACAUGUUAAGAAUGUUAAAUGACACUUUGAAAACUUGUCUCAGGAUAUUAAACAUUAAAAGCGUUUCGCAAAUGUAAA